AUACAACCAGCGACAAUAGCUCUGUAACUGACAAUGUCAAUCUAUUGUCAACAUCAAAUGAAUUUUCCCGCAUUAUUUAGAAAAUAAAUGAAAACCUCGUACUUCAAUAUAUAACUAAAGUAAUGUCUAAAGCCGGGCACCUAACCAAUACAGUUCGCGCAGCAAAAAAGAGGCCCUUUAGAGUCUCAAUAGAAGGUAAUAUUGGAUCUGGAAAAUCAACAUGCAUUAAAUACUUUGAUAGAUUUCGCAACGUUGAAAAGCAUGGGGAACCAAUUCAAGAAUGGCGCAACGUAAAUGGACACAACUUGCUAGGUUUAAUGUAUAGUGAUAUGAAUAAAUGGAUUUUCGCGUUCCAACAUUACGUACAUCUAAGUAGACUGAGGAUCCAAGCAAGUCCACCUUCACACCCUGGCAUCACCGUCAAGAUGUUUGAAAGAUCAGUACAAAACAGUAGAUAUUGCUUUGUAGAGAAUGCAAAAAAACAGAAUUUCCUCCAGGAGCCAGAAUAUCAAGUAUUACUUCAAUGGUUUGAUUACACCGAGAAGUCUUUAGACAUCAGCUUAGAUCUUAUAGUAUAUCUCAAGACUACACCACAAAUAGUGUGGGACAGAAUGAUGAAGCGCGGCAGAUCUGAGGAGUCUGAAGUGCCUUUGGAAUAUUUGCAACAGGUUCACGACUCAUACGAAAAUUGGAUAAACUCGCCUGAUAUUGGCUGCGAAGUGCUAACUAUUGACGCUGACAGAGAUUUAGAUUGUGUUAAAAAAGAUUUGGAGAGAUAUGCAUAUAAAAUCCUCGGAGGCAAUCAUACUAAUUGAUAAAAAAUAAUUAAUUUCAAAUCAAUAUCACAGUAUUAGGUUCUUAAUGUUGUUAUUUCUAUUUGUUAAGGAUGUCUUAAAGUUUCUAACAAAUUACUAUCUUAAUUACAAACACAAUCAUUAAGAUUUUCAAUUGUUACUAUAUUUUAGGAUGACUUAAAGACCUCAAUAUACUUAGUUUAAGAGAAUAUUAAUCUAUUUGUAUUGAUAAAACUCAUAAUAUUGUUAUUAAAUGUGUUAAAAUCAAUUAUAAUUUUUACAUAUUAAAAUGCAUCUUUUAAA